AUGAACGACCCCGAACCGCAGUCUCUGCCGCACACCUCCCAUGCAUCCUCCGCCGUGACCCCCACAGCGCUCCCGUCCGAGUUGGACGUCAAUCGCAAUCCCGUCUAUCCUGACCUGCUGGGUGCCCCUCCAAUUCCUCCGCCCCGGACUUCAUCCACACAUCGAAGUCACCAUGGCUCGAAUGCAAAAGCGACAGCGUCUUCCAGCGAACGAGCGCCGACUUCGCGUCACGGAAAGAAUAGAGCCGAGGAUUGGCCCGCCAACCAUCGGGACAGGGAGGUCGAGGAUCUGUCAGGAACCACAAGCGCCCGUAUUCGACCUGCGUCAGCAUCCGCGGCAGACGCUUACUCGGACGAAUUGACAGACCCAUUCCCCGACCAGGCAACGCUAGUCAAAGAAUCUAGUACCGUGCUCAACCAAUUAUUGGUAAGCGAUCCGGCCGUGGACAUCGAGCGGGAACAGGUGCGACAGGCAGGCGCGUCGGUGUCGCCAUCGACCGAGGGUGGUGCGCCCACGUCCGGCUUGGCUCUGGUGGGAAGCGACGGGGUGGACGAUGGUGGUCGCGGUGGGCUGCGCAGUCGCCACGAUUACAAUGAAAAUGCAGCGAAGCGCAAGGAGACGACAUUCGGACAGUACAUCCUGGGUCAGACUCUUGGAGAGGGCGAGUUCGGAAAAGUCAAAUUGGGCUGGAAGAGAGACGGCACUAUCCAGGUCGCUAUCAAAUUGAUUCGCCGCGAAUCGCUUGGCUCGAAUCCCAGUCGAUUGCCCAAAAUUUACCGCGAGAUCUCGAUCCUACGCGACCUUUCCCACCCCAACAUCGUGCGACUCCACGAGAUGGUCGAGACCGAUCGCCAUAUAGGUAUCAUCAUGGAAUAUGCUUCUGGGGGCGAGUUGUUCGACCACAUCCUGAACAAUCGCUACCUCAAGGACAAUGCGGCCCGUCGCCUUUUCGCACAGUUGGUUUCUGGUGUUGGUUAUCUUCACAAAAAAGGAAUUGUACAUCGUGAUUUGAAGCUGGAGAACCUUUUGCUGGACCGCAACCGCAACAUCAUCAUCACCGAUUUCGGUUUUGCCAACACUUUCGACCCCGCCGACGAACUGGGAGAAGAGAUCGAAUACAACCUGACCAACAAAGAUUUCGUGAAGCGGAUGCGUUUGGACAAGCAGAAUGCCAAAGGUCUCCGGCGGGGUGAUCUGAUGCAGACGAGCUGUGGCAGUCCCUGCUACGCUGCCCCAGAAUUGGUCGUCAGUGACUCGCUUUAUACUGGGCGCAAGGUCGACGUUUGGAGCUGCGGUGUGAUUUUGUAUGCCAUGCUUGCUGGCUACCUGCCAUUCGACGAUGACCCUGCGAACCCGGACGGUGACAAUAUCAACUUGCUCUACAAAUACAUCGUGACCACCCCCCUGACGUUUCCCGAAUAUGUGACGCCCCACGCACGCGAUCUUUUGAGAAGGAUAUUGGUACCGGAUCCGCGGAAACGAGCCGACCUCUUCGAGGUUGCCCGCCACAGCUGGCUAAGCGAGUACUCACAUGUUGUGUCCCACAUCACUAGCAGCACGACGAAGGUUGCAGAUAUCGCCACCACGACGGUGCCCUCAGCCGAGCCUCCUCGCAAGGAAGUACCCCAACUGGCGCGGAGCGCGUCUGUCAGAGAGCCACCCAAAGCAUAUCAGAAUACAGUUCCGGCUGUGGGAGGGCUCAUACAUCAUGCCGGGGACGUCUCGCAGGACCAGGCGCCCGAGAAGGCGAAGAGUUCCCGAGACACGAAACGGCGAACUGUUCAGGUCGAAUACGUUGCCCCCCAGUCUCAAACGGUCAGAGGCGAGCAGUUCGCUGGUCCGGCGCAAGCCCCUACGGAGCCUUCUGGGGCCUUCGAACCUCCACCCCGGAGAGCAAGGCCAGGCAGCCGAGGUGGGCCCGUCAAUAUGCCAGCGGGUACCUCGCGUCAAGAUGUGCCUGGCGAAUCAAGCGCGCGGAUCGGAGACUACGAGGCGACCGCUGGUUCGGCGCCGGCCCCUAUAUCUGGACACUUGCCUCGUUCGACGUCAGAUACUGCAGCGCUGACGGGCCCGAUGCCAACCUCCGCCACCCAUGCUACGCGUCCCACGACCGGCGGGUCGAUGGCCUCAUUCAACGCCGGCCGUUUGCCAUCAAGGGGAUCGUAUGGACAGCCUGUGGCACCAACCGUGGCAGCGACCAACGCGCAGGGCCGGCUGGCGCAGCCGAAAAGCCGCCAAUUCAGCAUCUCUGCUCCUAUGCCACACGAUGCUUCACAGCAGUCAAUUGGCCAGCCCAGCACUCAGCAUCUCCCGGCCAAAUUCAACACGACCCCGCGGCAAGAACCUUCCAAGGGUCAUAAGAGAUCGAAUACUGUGUCCAGCAUUGGCGAGAGGCUCUUUGGUCGAUCCGGCUCCAUCUUUGGUGGUCGUGGAGGGCAAGCGAGUGGCUCGCGCCAGCGCAACGGCAAGCGCUAUCCUCCCACUAGUAUGAAGGAGCCGUACGGAGGAGAUGACACGCGGAUGUCGAUGGAUUCACGGCGCUCGAUGCAGUAUGGCUCCAACCGGAAGACGAGCGAGACCGGUGCAGAAAACCGACCUCGGAGAUUUUCGCUCCUUCCGCCAUCAUUCUCCUUGAAAGGUUUCUCUUCCAGCCGAUCGCAGACCCCUGAUGAAGAAUCCCAACCGGAUCGCUCCACCGAAAAUCGCUUAGAGCAAGCCCCGUCUACUGGUGCACCUCGACCGCGUGCGCGCGCUACUAGCUACGGCACGCAGGAUACGAUCGCCAUGGCGACUGACGGUGCCCCAGAGGACGAAAUCCCCACCCAGGAGGAGCCCAUUAAUUACCAAGCCCGGAUUGAUCAACAAUUUGCGAUCCUACAUUCUAACCAGUCUGGACUAUACCAGCCCACAUCAUACAGUGCGGCCUCGGCGGAGCAGGUCUACCCGAACGAAAACGAGCAUUACUACCGGAACCAGAGCGCCAACCACUCGACGCCUAAUUACUAUGGUGACACUACCGGGACAUUCGACAAAGGAUCCCAACCGUCAGUGCAGGCGGGUCGGCCGGGACGAGGGGCGGGCGUCUUGCCCAAGAACCAUCGUAAAUUCGCCGACGCCUACGAGUACGAGCGUGACUUGGCCCACCGGCCCGGUAGUUCUGGUGCAGCCAGGAAAGUCAUGGACUUCUUCCGCCGACGAGCCAAGUCCAGGGCCGGGGACGACCGGUAG